AAAUUCUCAUUUUCUGAAACCUUUUCCUCAAGUUUCCACUUCAUUGAUUGAAUUCUGGUGAGAGCGAUCAUCAUCAUUCAUUCCUUUCCCUCCUUCCAUAAUUCCAUGUCCCUUUCUUCUGCUUCACCAACACCACAUCAUCUCUCCCGCUCCCUCCCCCCACCCACUAAGUCCUGAAAAUUUUCAGGGUCCGGUGGGUAUCACAUCGUAUCAGUUCAGCGCAUUCGGACCGUCCAUUUCUGUUUUAAACAGUUCAAAUUUGAAGGAAAAAAAAGAAGAGAAAAAGAGGAGAGCGAGUGAUAGGAUGAGAGGAUAGAGAGUUUUAAUUUGGCUGUCCAACACAGUGACUUUUGGAUGGCUCGAAUGGGCUUCUUAGGCACCACGUGGCCGUGAUACCCAUGUAGAGCAGUUCAACACAUUUUUGGACAGUUCAAAUGAACUUCUCGGACACCACGUGAGUACGGCUACCCACCGGACACUCUCUCUCCAACAUACUGUCAUACUUUCUGUCUUCUUACUCCAAAAUAACCCAUCUCAUCCUCAGCCUACUAUUCCCUUCCCUUUCCCUCCUCAUCUUCUUCUCCACCAUUUCUGUCUUUUUCUUUUAGUAAUUCCAAUCCCCACUCUCUCUCUCUCUCUCUCUCUCUCUCUCUCUCACACACACACACACACCAAAUUCCAUUCAAACCAAAGCACCACGGGAGUCACUGCCGACGGACCACAGGCCGCCCAACAAAUGGCCAAACUAGUAGUCGAAGUCCUGGACGCAAGCGAUCUGAUGCCCAAAGAUGGACAAGGCUCCUCAAGCCCUUUCGUGGAAGUGGACUUCGACCAACAGCGACAAAGAACCCAGACGAAGCCCAAAGAUCUCAACCCCCAGUGGAACCAGUCCCUCGUUUUCAGCAUCGCCGACCCCUCCCAACUCCCCAACAAGACCCUCGACGUCGUCGUCUACAACGACCGGAAGGGCGUCGACGGCCACCACAAGAACUUCCUCGGCCGCGUCCGCAUCUCGGGCUCGUCCGUCCCUCCGUCCAAGUCCCAGGCCGCGGUCCAGCGGUACCCGUUGGACAAGCGCGGCCUGUUUUCGCACAUCAAGGGCGACAUCGCUCUCAAGAUAUACGUGGUCGAGGGGCCGCAGAACCAGUUCGGCCCGCAAUCGGAGGCCCAGAACGGGAAUAAAUUCGAGAACAGAGAGGCGCCGUCCCUGUUUGAAGAAAACAAUGCCAAGAAAGUUGAUGAGCGUGACGAGUACAAGGCUUAUGAGGAUGAGUACAAGGCUUACGAGGACGAGAACAAGAAACAGAAGAGCAAAAAGAAGGAAAAAGAAGUGAGGACUUUUCACUCCGUUGGAACCGGUCCCGCGCCCGCUCCCGCGCCUGCUCCGCCGCCUGCACAGGCGGCGGAUCCGGUGCCGCGAACUGAUUACGCUCAGGCAGGCGGGGGCGGGCCGGGGCUCGCAUUUCAAAUGCAGGGUCCGGGGAUGAGACCAGAACUCGGGUUGACGGAGACGAGGCCGCCGCUGGCGGCACGGAUGGGGUACCGGACCGGCGACAAGAUAGCGAGCACUUACGACAUGGUUGAAAAGAUGUAUUACUUGUAUGUGAGCGUUGUGAAGGCUAGAGAUCUUCCUGUGAUGGACAUAGUAUCAGGGAGUUUAGACCCUUAUGUGGAAGUGAAGGUUGGGAAUUACAAAGGACGCACCAAGCACUUGGAGAAAAACCAGAGCCCUGUUUGGAACAAGAUUUUCGCAUUUCCUAAAGAGAUUUUGCAGUCCAAUGUGAUUGAAGUAACCGUGAAGGAUAAGGACAUCGGGAAAGACGAUUACGUGGGCAGCGUCUUCUUCGAUUUAACCGAUAUCCCUAUCCGGGUUCCGCCGGAUAGUCCCUUGGCUCCCCAGUGGUAUAAACUGGAGAACAGAAAGGGAGAAAGAGUUCACAGGGGAGAGAUCAUGCUGGCUGUUUGGAUGGGCACUCAGGCCGACGAGGCCUUCUCGGAGGCCUGGCAUUCUGAUGCCCACGACAUCAGCCAGCAGAGCCUCGCCAACACGAGGUCGAAAGUGUAUUUCUCUCCCAAGCUUUAUUACCUCCGCGUUCAUGUUAUCGCGGCUCAGGAUCUUGUCCCGGGUGAUAAGAGUCGCAUGCCGGAUCCUGUUGUUAAGGUGCAUCUUGGACACCAGCUCCGGGUGACCCGGCCUUCUAGGGUCCGGCAUGUGAACACGGAGUGGGAUGAGGAGCUUAUGUUCGUCGCUUCCGAGCCUUUUGAUGAGUUCAUGGUUAUUAGUGUGGAGGACCGGAUUGGACCGGGGAAGGACGAGGUUUUGGGGAGGUUGAUUGUGCCGGUAAGGGAGAUACCGCAUAGGAUGGACACCAUAGGGCAGAGGAUGGACACUGCGAAGAUCCCGGAGGCCAGGUGGUUCAACCUACUUAAGCCUUCUGCGGGGGACGAAUUACAGGGGGAGAAGAAGAAGGAAGCCAAGUUCUCGAGCAAAAUUUACCUUCGCCUGUGGCUGGAUGGCGGUUACCAUGUGUUGGAUGAGUCCACCCACUUCAGCAGCGAUCUGCAGCCGUCCUCGAAGCAUUUGAGGAAGGCCAGCAUUGGGAUCCUCGAGCUCGGGAUACUUAGUGCCCGGAACCUCUUGCCAAUGAAGAGCGGCGGGAUGACAGACGCUUACUGUGUUGCCAAGUAUGGGAAUAAGUGGGUUCGAACCCGAACGCUUCUUAACACACUCCAUCCGCGGUGGAACGAGCAAUACACUUGGGAAGUUUACGACCCGUGUACGGUGAUCACGAUUGGUGUUUUCGACAAUUGGCACAUUAACGGGGGUAGAGAAGACGGGAGAGAUCAGAGGAUCGGGAAGGUGCGGGUUCGGCUAUCGACUUUGGAGAUUGAUCGGAUUUAUACCCAUUUUUAUCCGUUGUUGGUCCUUACACCGUCGGGUUUGAAGAAACACGGGGAGCUUCACUUGGCGCUUCGGUUCACUUGCACGGCUUGGGUUAACAUGGUGGCGCAAUACAGCAAGCCGUUGCUUCCGAAAAUGCAUUAUGUCCAGCCGAUACCUAUUAGGCACAUCGACUGGCUUCGUCACCAGGCAAUGCAGAUAGUGGCGGCUAGGCUGGCUAGGGCCGAGCCGCCACUCAGACGAGAGAUCGUCGAGUACAUGCUCGACGUGGAUAUCCACAUGUGGAGCCUCAGGCGGAGCAAGGCCACUUUCCAACGCAUAAUGUCCCUCCUGUCCGGGCUCUUUGCCGUUUGUCGAUGGUUCAAUGAUGUCUGCAUGUGGAGAAACCCGAUCACCACGUGCCUUGUUCACGUCCUGUUUUUGAUCCUGGUCUGCUACCCGGAACUGAUCCUGCCCACCAUUUUCCUCUACCUGUUUGUGAUCGGGUUGUGGAACUACCGGUUCAGGCCGAGGACCCCGCCUCACAUGGAUGCAAGGAUGUCACAAGCAGAGAAUGCUCACCCCGAUGAGCUCGACGAGGAGUUUGAUACCUUCCCCACAUCUCGGCAACCAGAUUUGGUGAGGAUGAGAUACGAUCGGUUGAGGAGCGUGUCAGGGAGGAUUCAGACGGUGGUCGGGGAUCUGGCAACACAAGGGGAAAGAGCUCUGGCAAUACUUAACUGGAGGGAUCCGAGGGCAACGGCUAUCGUCAUCAUCAUCUCGUUGAGCUUGGCUGUGUUCCUAUAUGUGACUCCAUUCCAGGUCGUUGCUGUGCUAAUCGGGCUGUACUUGCUUCGACACCCGAGGUUCCGAAGCAAGAUGCCUUCGGUACCUGUGAAUUUCUUCAAGAGAUUGCCAGCCAAAUCAGAUAUGCUUCUAUGACAUGGAAAUUAGUAUCAACCCUUUAUAGAUAAGUAUAUUAUUUUUGUGUAAAUCAGAGAGAUGGGUUUCAAGCAAAUAAGACCAGUAAGAUUAUAGCAGCCUAUGGAACAUAAGGGAAAGCAUUAAGAAUGUGCAUUUUUUUUUUUCCCCAAAUAAGCCCUCAACAUCCUGUGUAUUGUUCAAUUAUAUGCAUUGUAGAGACCACUCCUUUUGACUGUUCAUUCCAAAUUUUCUGAAAUGAUUCAUGAGAUGAGAGUUUCCUCGGU